AGACCCGCCCAGACCGGCGCUGUCAGCCGCUCUGUAAAAAUCUUCCCUGACACUGCCCCCAAUCAGUGCUGUGUAUCUGUUAUUUACUCACGUCCUCAAAGAGCAGCAAGGCUUCUCCAUCUUAAUUCGACUCUACCGCAGAGCAGAGUUACGCUGGCGUGAUGGGAGGAGACCAUGGGCAGGGAGGAAAAACUAACAGCAGCAUUAGCUCACCUGAGACCUGAGAUGCUCCCGUGAGUUGUGAAGGUGUUCUGCUCCUUACAGCAAAGACACCAUUUUAAAAUGCAUUCUUCUUUUGACUUUGCCCUUACACAAGGGUUCCGUGAUAUUUCCGACCCCUCCGUUUAAAAGCCAGCAGAUUUGAUAGCAAUAAGCCUUCAAAACCGGGAAUUUACAUUGUUUUUCAGUGGACUGACUUCCAGGACAAGGACUCAUCAGCACCCGCCCAAAUACCAUGGCACUGCGUGCGCCCUUUGCUACCGGAUCCUCCCCUUCCAAUGAGACUUUCUGAUUGUGUCUACCAACUCUCCUAUUAGGAAACCCGUGGGUUGCAUGCAGCUAUUCUGUUGUAGUCUCAUUCUCACUCUCCUUCCCCUCUCUCACUCGCACUGUCGUUGGAGGCACACCAGUACCAUUCCGCCGAGAAGAAAAAGCCCACAACUACCUUAAGCGAUUAAGGCAAUAUGCGCAACCCUCGCCUUUCAUAGCAGUCACUAUUUAAAUCUUGCAAGAACGACACCAGCGCAAGAAUGGACUCCGUAAAACAAAGGAUUUUAGUCCCAGGAAAAGAGGGGCUAAAGAAUUUUGCUGGAAAAUCCCUCGGCCAGAUCUACAGGGUGCUAGAGAAGAAGCAAGAGACCGGGGAGACCAUCGAGCUGACGGAGGAUGGGAAGCCCCUGGAGGUGCCCGAGAAGAAGGGGCCGCUGUGCGACUGCACGUGCUUCGGCCUGCCGCGCCGCUACAUCAUCGCCAUCAUGAGCGGCCUGGGCUUCUGCAUCUCCUUCGGCAUCCGCUGCAACCUGGGCGUGGCCAUCGUGGACAUGGUCAAUAACAGCACCAUCCACCGCGGGGGCAAAGUCAUCAAGGAGAAAGCCAAAUUCAACUGGGACCCGGAAACCGUGGGGAUGAUCCACGGUUCCUUCUUUUGGGGCUACAUCAUCACCCAGAUCCCGGGCGGCUACAUCGCGUCUCGGCUGGCAGCCAACAGGGUUUUUGGAGCUGCCAUACUUCUUACCUCUACCCUAAACAUGCUGAUCCCUUCAGCAGCCAGAGUGCACUAUGGAUGUGUCAUCUUUGUUAGAAUAUUGCAGGGACUUGUUGAGGGAGUUACCUACCCAGCAUGUCAUGGAAUCUGGAGCAAAUGGGCCCCUCCUCUAGAGAGGAGUAGAUUGGCAACCACUUCCUUUUGUGGUUCCUAUGCUGGAGCUGUGAUUGCAAUGCCUUUAGCUGGCAUUCUUGUACAGUACACUGGCUGGUCUUCAGUAUUUUAUGUCUAUGCAAUACAGCAGAAAUUUAAGACGCCAUGGAGAAAAUUUUUUACAUCUAUGCCAGUCUAUGCAAUAAUUGUUGCAAACUUCUGCAGAAGCUGGACUUUUUAUUUAUUGCUUAUCAGUCAACCAGCAUAUUUUGAGGAAGUCUUUGGAUUUGAAAUUAGCAAGGUUGGCAUGCUGUCUGCUGUGCCACACUUAGUAAUGACAAUUAUUGUGCCCAUCGGAGGGCAAAUUGCAGAUUUUCUAAGAAGCAAGCAAAUUCUUUCAACUACCACAGUAAGAAAGAUCAUGAAUUGUGGUGGUUUUGGCAUGGAAGCCACACUGCUUCUGGUUGUUGGCUAUUCUCAUACUAGAGGUGUAGCUAUCUCAUUCUUGGUACUUGCAGUGGGAUUCAGCGGAUUUGCUAUAUCUGGUUUCAAUGUUAAUCACUUGGAUAUUGCUCCAAGAUAUGCCAGUAUUUUAAUGGGCAUUUCGAAUGGUGUCGGCACAUUGUCAGGAAUGGUUUGCCCUAUCAUUGUUGGUGCAAUGACAAAGAAUAAG